AUGACUGAACUGGGGAUAUGGGUGCAGCCUGAAACAUCGGGACCAGCUGUGCAUAAGGAGGUGGAGCGCGCCGCCCGGGCGCUGUUCAGCAAGCGGACGCGGACGCUCUACCACUGGAUGUACCCUGGCACAUCCAAGAGCAAGCUCAAGGCCACCGUCGCCAGCGCCUGGGAGACACUGCCCGAGUCCGAGAAGCUCUUCUACAUGUCGCAGGUGAUGGGUCGCUUCGGGACGCCGGAGAACAACCUGAUGGUGAACCCGCAACUGGUGGGGAUGUCAGCGGACCAGCUGGAGGCGGAAUGCGCGGUGGCCGGCCUGCUGGCUGCGGAGGCGGCGGCGGAGGCGGAGGAGUCCUCUUGUGAGAGCGACCUUUGCCGACCCGCGCGCAAGAGGGGAGCACUCGCGACGCUGCCCGCCUUCCAUGAAAAGAGGGCCCGUGCUGCUCGAGAGCAACCAGUUUUCAGUGACACAGAGCUGGAUCCAUGCAAACAAGAUACAGAUGAUGAGAUUUCCACAGCUGAGCUCUUUGCGCCACUUGGGAUAUAGUCUUGCACCAUCCGCAUUCUGACAUCAGUGACCAUGUCCACUUGGCCAUCUACAGACCAGCAGAAUGUGUUUCAUCUCCUGUCUUUGUAUACAAUUUUGUACAUAUCUUUGCAAAUUUCUGCGUACUUUAUUGUAACAUUUUU